UUCAUCCGCCUCGUGAAGUUGAUGUUGCUUUGAACCCGAUUGUGUAACCCGUAGAAGAAAUAAAUCAGCCGCUGUUUUGUGAUUAAAACAACAAAACUAUGAAAUAAGUAAUAGUGAGUCCUAUCUAGAAGUGAUAAGUAAGGACUUGACUAUCAUUAGACUCCGGGUUUUGUUCGAGUGCUUGCAAAAGAAUGGCUAAAUACAUCGCGCAAAUAAUCGUGCUGGGUACACAGAUCGUGGGUCGAGCCUUCGCCCGUGCGCUGAAACAGGAAUAUGCUGCUUCACAGGAGGCCGCCAAAAGAGCCGGUGGUGGACAAAAAGGCCAAAAUCGUGUUGCUGCUAAUUUAAAAACCGGAAUGACCCUAGAGGAAGCUCAACAAAUUCUUAACGUGUCCAAGCUAGAACCUGAGGAAAUUCAAAAGCACUAUGACCACCUAUUUCAAGUGAACGACAAAUCUAAAGGCGGAUCGUUCUACCUGCAGUCGAAAGUGUUCCGAGCGAAAGAACGGAUAGACCAAGAAUUAAAGGCCAGCAAACCUCCGGAAGCAAAUGAACGAAAGGAACAAGCAUCUGCUGAGCAGAGUCAAAACGAACAGAAAUAGGCGUUGAAAUUUAUAUUGUAAGGUUUGUUUAGAGUCAAAUUCAAUUAAAAUUUAAUUGUUCCUAUA